AUGGAUAAACUACGUAGACCUGAAAUUCGUCAACAAACGACCCAACAAAUGUAUGGUGUUCCUGAAAACAUCCUGGAGAUCGAUGUCGUAAAUCCUCAAAAUCAUGGUCUUGGAAGAGGCAUGUUUACUACCUAUGAAAUUCAAUGUCGGACGAAUAUGCCUUAUUUUCGUUUGAGAUAUUCUAGCGUUCGUCGCCGUUAUAGUGAAUUUGAAAAGUUUCGCGACAUGUUGGAACACGAAAUUGGACGUGUUUCCAUUCCUCCCUUGCCAGGAAAGGUUUUCACAAACCGCUUCCGCGAAGAUGUGAUUGAGGAACGCAGACAAGGCCUUGAAACAUUUCUAAGAGCUGUUGCUGGCCAUCCGCUUAUUCAAACACAUUCUCGUAUACUUUCUUCAUUUCUUCAAAACCAAGAAUUCCACCCUACUAUUUAA